AUGGAGAGACAGCAGUGUAAUUCACUUCAAAACUUUGAUGACCCGAAAACAGAAAUUUUGAAAAAAAGAUUAUUAAAAGCAGCUAGCAAUUCCGCGAGCACAAAUCUAUCUCAUAGCAACUCGCAGCAUAAUGUGCUAUUAAACUCAUUGCGCGCGCCAAUACCGAGCAGUAUGAUCAUGUCCUCAGUGCAGGCGCCGCAGAGCUCGAUGCCUAUUACUCACAAUUUAGUCACACACUCAAUAGCUCCUGUAAAAAUUCAUGCCAAUAAUUCACCGUAUCCACUGCAGUUAUCCACAGUGCAUGUGCCAGUGCAAAUACCGGGAUCCACGUCGAAUAUUAACGUGCCAGUCCAGUUGUCAGGUGGAGCCAGUAGUGUGCCAUUGCAAAUAGCUCCGCUUCUGCCAGAUUCUGUGAAAAUGAACAAUCCAACAUCUGUGUCUCAAGUGCAAGUUGGUUCCAACUCUGCUGUGGUGCAGUUACCAAACUCCUCUAACAACUCCAUUCAACUGUCUUUACCGAAUUCUACAAAUACUGGAGUGCAAUUAAGAGGAGGCCCGAGGCCUAUGCCUCAUGUAGUAUAUAUACAAACUCCAACUGGAUUAAAACCUGUAUCUAGUACAGAUGUCAUCAGCCAAGCAAGUACAAGUGGAAACCCGCCACAAAUAAUUGUCAGAAGACCUGUAACAAGUAACCCUAACAUACAUUUAAUAUCAAAUGUUGGUUCUAAACCUAACAUAGCACCAAAAAUAUCAACACAAAAUAAGUCAAUACUAGCACCAACAAAUACUGCACAGCCAAUAGUAAUUCAGAAGCCUAAAUGUAAUGAUAAGAUGAUGGUCCCAGUCAGUAUAGCUCCUGCCGGCAAACAGGCUAUAUAUUUAAGUUCUGUGAAGAAACCCAACCCCAAAAAUAUAUCAGAAAAUCAAUCAAUUCUUAUAUCCAGCAACCAAUCAAAUGUAAACUCGAAUAAUCAAAAGCUUUUCUUAACUCCGAUGAGUAUGCCGAAAAUGCAGCAUACACAAAACACAAAAUUCAUUCUUCCCGUGACAUUACCAGCUACAAUGGCCUCCAAAGGGCCCAUUAUAAAUCUUCAAAUAUCAAAUGGUCAAAUCCAAAAUGAUCCUCAAGGCAAUAUAACUGUUAUGAGAGAUACGAUGGAAGCUUCAGAUAUGCCGCCAUUACAACCUUUAGCUAAAAUUAUGCCGGUCAAUGGGAAAGAUUGCGUGCCUCAUAGUCCAAAGGGGGAAAAGUCUUUCGCUUUAUCAAUACCUGGUUCACGAGCGGAACCUACCGGGGAACAAGGAGAAUACACGCUCUCCAUUCCGGAGACAAAUGCGUCUAUGAAUGAUGAUAUAUACACAGUGUCCAUAGCUGAUGAAGAGGGUGGACUAACACGCGAAAAGUUCACUUUAGCAAUACCGGAGAAAGGAAAAAGUUUAUUGACUAAAAAUUUAAUUGAUAGAAAUGAUUUGGGACCGGUCACUAUCGCAGCGCCCGCAAUAUUACGUCGUUCUAACUCUGAUAAUAGCGAUCGGAAAAUGGCGAACGCUAAUAUAAAGAGGCGUAUCUCAUUGUGUACGGAAAGCAUGUCAAAUAAGAACUUAAAAUUCACUUUGCCACAACCCAAAAUAAUAAGUAAAUCUGAAGACCACAUAGAUGGAGACGGUAAUGAUGACCAUCGAGUGCCUUCAUUAUUCUGUGACGAAAAGCUAGAUAAAGAUCUAGAAGCUAAAGUUAUUAUGGGAGAUUCAGAUGUUGAAGAAUAUAAAGAAAAGCUGCAGAUCGAAAUAAAACCUGACAUUUUGUAUUACCCAAAUAAUGAAAACUUUCCAUUAAAGAAUGAGUCAAAGAAUCCCGAAUCUACAACAGAAGAAAGUCUUCCUGGUUUGAUAUGGCACAACGGAGUAGCUCAACUUAGAGGAAGUAACUUGCAGUUCAAGACAAAUGAGUUUGGUCUUAUCGACCUUAUCGAACAGCCCAAUCAGAACGCUAUAGGAAAUCCAAGUACCAAAUAUCAUACGCCGUUAAAACAACGCAUGGAGAGAAGUAGAGAUAAAAAGCCAACAUCUCCCGAGGACUUGUAUCGUUGCGACGGAUGCGGGUGCCACGGGAUGGCUGCGGAGUUCAUAACACCUAACUUCUGCAGCGUCACCUGUCAAAACGAGGUACAAAAAGUGACACAAAAGAAAAAAGAUAAGGAAAGAGCUGAAUUGGCAAAGAAACGAAAUAAGGUCAAGAAGUUACUAAUGCGAAAACAACAUUCAGACACAGAUUUACUUAAAGACGGUAAAGAUGAUAAGGUACCGCUGAAGCACUACGAUUCAGCCGAAGUUCAAAUAUCUGAAGCCUUACUACUGAAGAUGAGCGAGGACAUGAUAGAGAACGAGAAAUAUCCAUGGAUGUGUGGGAAAAAUGGUUUUUCGUGGAUGCGGUAUCUCGACGUUUGUAAAGCUAAAGCCGCACCUGUGAAGUUAUUCAAAGAUCCCUUCCCAUAUAACAAAAAUGGGUUUAAAGUUGGCAUGCGGCUAGAAGCUAUUGAUCCGCAGCAUCCUUCCAUGUUCUGUGUAGUGUCAGUGGCCGAAGUUCAAGGGUACAGAAUGCGAUUGCACUUCGACGAAUACCCAGACAUCUACGAUUUCUGGGUGAAUGCAGAUUCGAUAGAUAUUUUCCCGCCGGGCUGGUGUGAGAAGAACAACAGGACGCUGAAGCCGCCGGCGGGCUACGACUCGUUCUCUUGGCCGUUAUACUUGAAGCAGAUCCGUGCGAUAGCCGCGCCCCGGCAACUCUUCCCACAUAUUACUACUGCGAUAUUGAAACCCAACAACUUCCGAGUGGGUAUGAAGCUGGAGGCCGAGGACCGUCAGAACGAGCUGAUCUGCGUGGCCACAGUGGCCAGCAUGCUGGACAACCGGCUGCUGGUCACCUUCGAUAGCUGGGACGACAUGUACGACUACUGGGUGGACCCCACUUCCCCCUACAUACACCCCGUGGGCUGGGCUGAGGAGAAUGGGGUUGGAUUGACACCACCUAACUAUUACAAAGAUCCAGACACAUUUUCAUGGGAGAAUUACCUGUCAGAGACGAUGUCGACGGCGGCGCCGCCCCGCGCCUUCAAGACCCGCCCACCCGCUGGUUUCAAGCCGGGGAUGAAGCUAGAAGUAGUUGACCCUAGAGUACCAUUUUUAAUAAGGGUGGCGACGAUCAGCGCGAUAAAGGGUCACCAAGUGCGAGUCUCAUUUGAUGGGUGGCCGGAUGAGUUAGCCUGUUGGUUGGAUGACGACUCCCCGGACAUACAUCCGGUGGGCUGGUGCUUGAAGACUGGACAUCCAUUGGAACCACCAUUAACGGCUGAGGAGCUGCGCAUCAGCGGGCCGUGCGGCGUGGGCGGGUGCCGCGGGCUGGGCUCGGUGCGCGGCGGCGCGCUCAAGCAGCACGGCGCCGCCUCCGCCUGCCCCUACCGUGCACCGCCGCCGCCGCCGCCCGACCGCCUCGCGCCCGAGCGCGCCAUGCACAGGAUACCAGUCAAACCAAAAACCAUAUCGACGAACACUCCCAAUGAAGUUCCGAAAGAGAAACUGCCCAGAGGACGACCGCCGAAACAUAAACGGGUUGAGGAAGUAGCUAAAAAUGAAUCAGUAUCUGAUGACGAGUCCCUAUCAAGUAGCGGCGGCAAAAGAUGGCGCGGUAGCAGUGAAGACAAUCGCGCUGUUCGUCCAGCAUCUCGUCGUGAUGCCACCACUCACAACUCCCCCCACCACUCGUCAACCCAUUUAUCCCCCCAUCAUUCAUCCCAUCAAUCUCCCCACCACUCAUCAAUCCAUCAAUCACCACACCACUCGUUGACCCACCAAUCAUCAGUGCACCACUCUCCAGCCCGCCACAGCCCGACGCUUGCCCAUCAGCUGCCGCACCCGCCGCGGGCGCUGAUCGCGAGGCAUAUGGCGGACUUGGCGCUACCAUCGGACCCUGGCACUUGGACACAAAAAGACGUAGCAGCCUUACUAUCCCGGAUAGCGGGUGCAGCGGUGGGCGCGGCGGCGGCGGCGGCGCGGCUGUCCGGCGCCGAGCUGGUGAUGGCGUCCUGCGAGGAGCUGGUGCAGUGCCUGCGCCUCCGCCUCGGCCCCGCCGUCAAGGUGUACGCCACCGUCCGCCACCUCCGGGACUCGCUCUCG